AUGGUCUCUGGCGAACGCCUCAACAGAGCGAACCCCGAGCAACAUUUACAUUCACCUGUGCAUACAGUAGAAUUAAAGAAUGAGAGUUCGGGAAACUCAUUGGAAUGUGCAUACUCAAGCAGCGGGAGUACAGUGGCCCAGAAAAGGAAGGAAAGGCUCGUAUCAAUUAGCAGGUAUUGGAAAUUUUCAAAAGCACUAUCGAAAAACGUGAUAUCGGCUAUGUUGUUCGGCCUCCAUUUGAAGAGCGACAUGGUCAUCGACCAGAUAACAGAGCUCUGGUAUUACGUCGUUUAA